AUGCCCACCGGAAUCCUCAAGGUCACCGUCGGCAAGUACAUUGCCUGCGGCACUCGCACGAUCCGGCUGGAUGCCAUCGACAAGCAUCCAAACAGCCGGUUCCAUCGGCCACAGCAGAGGCAGCAGCAACCAGGCCAGCCCGGGAGGAAAUUCGAAGCCAAGAAGCUCAAGGGCGAGGACUUUCUCGGCAAGAACGACAACUUUGUCGUCCUGUACGUCAACCCAGCACAAAAGUUCCAGACCUCGGUCAAGUACAACACCGGCGCCCAGGCCACCUGGAACGAGCACUUCAACAUCCCCGUGAAUGGCGAGGAGGAGCUCCACAUCUAUGUCAUGGACAAGGACACCUUCAAGGAUGAUGAGGUUGGCAAAGCCAAGUACAACCUGAAGGAGAUCGCCUCGACCACCCAAGGCAUUGAUCUCUGGAUCAAGCUCCCCGCCUUCUUGUUCAUGUCCGAUGGCGAGGUCCGCCUCCGACUUCAGUUCCUCAAGCAGUGA